ACUCCGCUACAGCAACACAGGACUAGAACCAGGACGUGCACCACCAAGGAAUAUUAAGAAUAAUACCACAGAUGUACCACGAUAGCCUGGAAACGUGAGGUACUGUAGAUAUCAGAAAAAAAGGUAUAAAAAAACAGAAUCAACCUUUUUGGGCACACUACUCAUCGCCUCCAGACAGCCCACGCGCCCACGCCUCCUGCCAGCGUGGCCUUGACCUGUGCUGAGAGUGGAUGUGCUGCGGUCUUCCUGGGAGUCACCUGCCCUCUCCCAGUCCCCCCAGGACGCCGCCCCUUCGCCCGCGUCCCCAGCAGGAAGCCUCCAACACCGCAACCACCAGCACCACCACCAACGGCGACGUAGGCGGCGUCGUGUUGGAGUUUCCCUUCACCUUUGCAUCAGUUGAGAAUAGAGACCAGAAUGCACUCCAGCCCUCACUCUCCAGCUUAGUACAACAGCUGUCCCUCUCCUUCAGCAGCAUUUUAGACGGUAAUCGUCGUUGUCGUCGUUGUCCUUCACGGCACAUCAAGACACUCCCAGGGCUGAACAGUCACUCCCUACCAACUAUCAGCUGCGAACGCUUGUGUGUGUGCGAUGAGGCAGUUGGAAGCAGCGGCUGGGGUGACAGUGGAGGCGAGAAUCACUGCCGACCAAUCACUUAAGGCGAUUGGCUGUGACGUCAUCAGUCUUCAUUUGCGUCACCGUGUGGUCGUUGUGGUGACCAAUGGCAGCUUCUUCCUGCACCGAGCACCGCCAAGCAACACCAGAGAUGCACGAGUACGUAAGAUGGCGUAAGAAUGAAGAAACCUCAUCGGAGUGCAGUGAUGGAAUGACCGGAUCGCACCAACCAAUAACCAGCAAGUGACUGAAGAGUUGAUUGACUGAGACCGCCGCAUCAAGUGAACCCUUAGGCGCCACAACAAGUGAAGCAAGCGUAGCGUAAUGAAUGGCAUCUCGUCGGGAGCACCAGCGCCUGUCCUCGCCUACCAGUGCCACGCCCACGCCCGCGAUUCAGGUGUAGCGACGCGGAGACCGACUAUCAGUGAAGCCUUCCACUAACUGA